GAUCUUGCCAUUGAGUCUCGGGACUUUGUCGCGAUCGGUCGUCUAUCGGAAUUCUUCGGGAGUUUUUUCCGUGCCCUAUGCCCAAUUAGUUUAUGGCGGUUAUAAAGUGUGAGCUCGAAUGAUCAUGGAGCUGAAUAAUGUUACCGUCGAGGACGGCGUUGAUGCGUCCAAGUCCCACACUCAAGUUCCCAACACGCCUCCUAGUAAUGAGAAACCCAAGCCGCAACUGCUUUACGCCAUCAACGACAAUCCCCCAUGGUACCUGAGCAUCUUCCUCGCAUUCCAGCACUACCUGACCAUGAUUGGGGCCAUCGUUUCCAUACCCUUCAUUCUGACGCCGGCGUUGUGCAUGUCGGAUGAGGAUGCCAACCGGGGCAUCAUCAUUUCCACCAUGAUCUUCGUCACGGGCAUUGUCACCUACUUCCAGGCCACGUGGGGCGUCCGAUUGCCCAUUGUGCAGGGGGGCACCAUUUCGUUCUUGGUCCCCACCCUGGCCAUUUUGGCCCUGCCGCAGUGGAAGUGUCCGGAGCAGUCGGAGAUAGAUGCCAUGGACGAGGUGGAGCAGCAGGAACUAUGGCAGGUGCGAAUGCGGGAGCUAUCCGGCGCCAUUGCCGUGUCCGCGAUGGUUCAGGUUAUCCUGGGCUACACGGGUCUGGUGGGAAAGAUCCUCAAGUACGUGACUCCGUUGACAAUUGUGCCCACUGUGUCGCUCGUGGGUCUUACGCUUUUCGAGCACGCGGCUGAUACGGCUUCGAAGCACUGGGGAAUUGCCGUUGGAACCACUGGCAUGCUGACGCUCUUCUCACAAAUAAUGUCGAAUGUUCCCGUGCCAAUAUUGGCAUACCGCAAGGGUCACGGAAUGGAGGUGCGGCAGUUCCAGCUGUUCCGUCUCUUUCCCGUCCUGCUGACCAUCAUGAUAAUGUGGGGCCUGUGCGGCAUUCUGACGGCCACCGAUGUCUUCCCUCCAGGACACCCUUCUCGCACGGAUGUCCGCCUGAAUGUGCUGACCAGUGCCAAGUGGUUCUAUGUGCCCUAUCCGGGACAGUUUGGCUGGCCCUCGGUAACGCUCUCCGGCGUGCUGGGCAUGUUGGCCGGAGUACUGGCCUGCACGGUGGAGUCGCUCAGCUAUUAUCCCACAGUGUCCCAGAUGUCCGGCGCCCAUUCACCGCCACUUCAUGCAAUCAAUCGUGGUAUCGGAACCGAGGGAUUGGGCACCGUGCUCGCCGGACUCUGGGGAGCUGGAAAUGGAACGAAUACCUUUGGGGAGAACGUGGGCGCCAUCGGGGUCACCAAGAUUGGAUCACGUCGUGUCAUCCAGUGGGCUGCUUUAAUAAUGGUGCUUCAGGGGGUGAUAGGCAAAUUUGGAGCCAUCUUCAUCCUCAUUCCCGACUCGGUGGUUGGCGGGAUCUUCUGCGUGAUGUUCGGCAUGAUUAUAGCCUUUGGGCUCUCGACGCUCCAGUAUGUAGAUCUUCGAUCUGCAAGGAAUCUCUAUAUCCUGGGACUUUCCAUAUUUUUCCCGAUGGUCUUGUGCCGCUGGAUGCAGAAGCAUCCCGGGGCUAUUGACACCGGAAACAAGACAGUGGACUCUACGUUAUCGGUGCUGCUGGGCACUACGAUUUUGGUGGGCGGAGUUCUGGGUUGCUUCCUGGACAAUGUAAUACCAGGCACUCCGGCGGAGCGGGGCCUGAUCGAAUGGGCUAAUGAGAUGCCCCUGGGCGAUGAUAAUGUCAAUGACGGUACGGCCACGGAUUACGAUUUCCCAUUCGGCAUGGAUGCGAUUCGCCGCUGGAAGUGGACCUACUACAUCCCAUUUAUGCCCACCUACAAGCUGCAGAAGCAAAGCUAAUUAAUCGCAUUAUUAAAAUCACAGCCGUGUGAUCCAUGUAAAUAACAACCAUUCAAUUUGGUGA